GUCUGGUGUUUCCAAAGGCGGUGAAGUCGAAGCACUUGCUGGUGCUGCACGGAGUUGUGCCAGUUGACGAGAUGCGCGGAGACUAUUUGGCUUCAGUGCAGCUAAUUUGCGACUCCAUUCCCUACUCGCUGAUCCGCCACUACGGGAUUUCGCCGGAGGCAUACCGGUCUGCGCUGAAGCUGAAUCCCUACAGCAGCAGCAGCAGCAGCAGCGGCAGCAGCAGCAGCAGCAGCAGCAGCAGCGUUGGGGGGACCAGUGGUCCACUGCAGCAGGGGGCGCGCGUGGAAGCUGCAGCGCUGCUGGCUAGCGUGGCAGCGCAGCGGCACUUCAUGUCGGGGGGCAGAGGCGGGCAGCUGGACUUACACCGCGUGGCCAAACUGCUGCUGCGGGACUUCUCCGCGGGGAGACUUUGCUGCUGCCGCGAGCCCUCGGGGGCUGUUUUCGGAGCAGCAGCAGAAGCAGCAGGGGCGCAGCAGUUCCUGGCAGCAGUUUGCGAGUCCCUGGAGGCCAAGAUCGCGGCGCCGCGUAGCAGCGCAGCAGCAGCAGCAGCAGCAGCUGCAGCACCUGCAGCAGCAGCACCUGCAGCAGCAGCUGCAGCCAGCAGCAGCAGGAAAGGGAAGAAAACGCAAAUGAACCCCGCUGAUGUGCUCCGGGAACUCGAAGAAGACGCAGAUUUAAUGCAAGUGAUCGGAAGUGCCGGCGGGGGGCAGAACAACGCCAGUCUUGUUGUCACGAAACGGAAAGCCCGCCAAAUGCAAAAGCAGCUCCUCAAAGGGAAGGGCAGCAAAAACUUAGGGGGAUUUGCUCAUCGAAUUUGA